AUGUCCACUUUCAAAGGUCUGCAAAGAUUAGAAAAGUUUGUUAUAGGUAAAGACAAUGGAUCUAAUAUUAAAGAAUUAGGUAAGCUUCAAAAUCUGCAUGGUCAUCUUGGUAUUAGAGGACUUGAGAAUGUAAUAAAUGUUGAAGAUGUUUCAAAAGCCAAUGUGAAGGAUAAGAAAUGUCUCACUAGUCUGAGAUUAAAAUGGAGCGGUUAUACUGAUGAUCCACUUAAAGCACGCGAGGUUCUUGGCAGGCUCCAACCUCAUUCAAAUCUCAAGCACCUAUCUUUUGAAAAUUAUGGAUGUUUAAGUUUCUCACCAUGGGUUGGACAUCGAUUAUUUUCUUGUAUAAAAAGAAUUGAGUUGUCUAAUUGUAAAAAUUGUUAUUUGUUGGCUCCACUGGGACAGUUAACUUCCUUGGAAGGCCUCAUAAUUCGUAGAUUUGAGAUGGUGGAGAAGAUUGGCAAUGAAUUUUACAGCGAUAGUGAUGGUGAUGGUUCUUCCUCUUCUGUGAUCACUAAGCCAUUCCAAUCCUUAAAAAAGUUAAGAUUUUCAAAUAUGGUAGAGUGGAGGGAGUGGUCAUUGGUGGAAGUGGAAAGUGCUGUUUUUUCAAAUGUUAAGGAGGUUUUUUUGUCGGAUUGUCCGAAGCUAAAAGAAGCAUGCUUACCGAAUAAUCUUCCAUCGUUGGAAGCUCUUCAAAUAUGGGAAAGUGAUCACUUGGUUGCCUCACUCUCAAUGUGUCAAUAUCCGUCACUGGGUUUGCUUAAAAUACAUUCAUGUCUAAAGAUGAAGACAUUUCCGAAAGAAAGAUUGCCCUCCAAUAUUCAUACCAUUCAAAUUGACCAAUGUAAUGAAUUGGUUUUGCUAUCAAAAGAAGGAUGGCCUUUAAAUUUAAAAUCACUUGAAAUUAGAUACUGUAAAAAGCUAUUUGCGCACACCAACAGCAUGAAGUGGAAUCUAGGAAUGCUUACAUCUCUGACAACCUUACAACUCUCGUCGGUAGGUGAAGUGGUGGAUACAUUUCCAGUGGAGGAAGGAUAG